AUGUUCAUGCGCAAUGGAUGGGUCUCAGAUGCCCCAUUCACGCUCAACGGAACGAACAUAUCCGAAUGCACCAGCUACGUUUAUCUGGGUCGGGAACUGAACAUGAUGAACGACCUGACCCCCGAGCUGGGCAGGAGGAGAAGAGCGGCUUGUGGAGCGUACAGGAGCAUCGAGGAUGUAGUGAAGAAGACCAGGAACACCCGGCUCCGUGCUCACCUCUUCAACACCACCGUACGUCCUGCUUUGACCUAUGCUUCGGAAACCUGGGCAUUUCGCAAGCAGGAAGAAAACGCGGUGAGCGUCACUGAACGCGCAACUGAGAGAGUGAUGCUAGGAGUAUCCCGUUUCACCCAAGUGAGGGACGGGAUUCGAAGUUCUCUUUUACGCCAGCGAUCGAAGAUUAGAGACGCCGCCGCAUUUGCCAAGGAAAGUAAAAUAAGCGACUGGGUUCCCCGCGAUAUUAAGCGCGCUACAGGAAGACCGCCGACCCGAUGGUCAAACUUCUUCACGAAGUCCUUCAAAGAAAAAUAUGAUGCUCUUCGUGUCCCACGCGAAAGGAGGAACCACUGGGCUACUCUGGCACGCGAUCGGGACAAAUGGAAGAAUUACUGGGGCCCGCUCGACCAGUUCGAAGAUCAACAGGAGUCAAGGUGA